AAAGAAAGCGUGUAAUUUAAAUUUUGAGUGUCAUUUAGGCAAAGGAUAGCUCUUGUCAACUUUUUCCAAAAAUAAAACCUUUUUUUUAUUCACACGACAGCUGUGGGAAAAUAUUACUCGGCGACCACUCUUAUAUUAUUUUCUCUCCGCCGCACACGGCGGUGAUCUGUAACCUCGCCACCGUGCUCCUCCGUAGCACAAACGUCUCCGAUUUCCAACUCAAAUCUCGUUUAGGUGCUUACUAAUUGGCUGUCGUCUGCCUGGAUAUUGAGUGUGAUUUUUUGAGAAUAUAGUGUAUAUAUUGGAAAAGCGAAGGGGUGGUGGAGGUGGCCAGGGUGGGUGGACUACAAUGAGAUUGUUAAGGUCUAGCUCAAGUGCAUCAAAGGAACAGUAUAAUGGAGAGAAGAAUCGUGCUUUGUUGUAUCUUAAUGUAUAUGAUCUCACACCUGUAAACAACUAUCUCUAUUGGGUCGGCCUCGGAGUGUUUCAUUCUGGUAUAGAAGUAGAUGGUCUAGAGUAUGGGUAUGGAGCCCACGACUACUCAACUAGUGGGGUUUUUGAGGUGGAGCCACGUAGUUGUCCGGGUUUUAUUUUUAGACGGUCAGUACUCCUGGGCAGCACAGACAUGUGUCAUUCAGAUGUUCGGUCAUUUAUGGAACAUAUUUCAGAAAAAUAUCAUGGGGACAGUUAUCAUUUGAUUGCCAAGAACUGCAACCAUUUUGCUGAUGAAGUCUGUUUCCGUCUCACGGGAAAGCCAAUUCCUGGAUGGAUUAAUCGACUGGCCCGAGUAGGCUCAUUCUGCAAUUGCAUUUUACCAGAAAGUAUUCAGGUUACAAGAAUCACACAUCUUCCUGAUCAUCAAGCCUUUUCAGAUGGGACAGAUUCUGGUGAGUCAUCUGUAUCGGCAGAUAGCGAGGAGGAAGACUCUGAUCAUCAGUUGUUAACUGUACAAAAUAGUGAUAUGGCAUUUCUGAAUGAAAAACCUGUGAGACUAGCAAAAGAGCUUCUUUGAUUGAAACUUCUUUCUUCUUCUCCUGCUCUCUUUUUCUUUAAUUUUUUAAGAAAAUCUUUUUCCCUGUACCUCCAAUUCAUCUAAUCUCUUGUUUGGAGUCGUAUUGUUUGUAUUUGUGUGUAUGUGUGUGUGUGUGUGUGUGUGUGUUCUCAAGUGUAUCAUAACCUGUCUUUAAACACAUUAUUGUAUUGUUCAAAUAUUCAUUGAGCUGUGUAUUCAGGUAGUGUAUUUACAUAUAACAGUCAACUUCAAGUGUUACUAGGAUUCAAUGGAAUUUCUUUCCUCUGAUUGA